GCAUCAGCUACGGAUCAAAAAAACAUUCGAACACCGACAUCGAAAAAUCAAACAUGUACUCCAAGGUCAUAAUCUUCCUGUGUGCCGCGGGCAUCGCCUCCGCCGGCAACUUGCUGCACGCCGCUCCCGUCGCCUACAGCGCGCCCGUCUCUUCUGUGUCCUACUCGUCCCACACUGCCCACGCUGCCCCAGUUGCCGCGUACGCCGCUGCCCCAGUCGCAGCUUACGCUGCUGCCCCCGUCGUCGCUAAGACAGUGGCUUACUCCAGCCCCGCCGUCGUGGCUAAGACUUACGCCGCGCCUGCUGUGGCGUCAUACGCCGCUCCCGCGUACUCCGCGUACCACGCUGUCCCAGCCUACUCCACCUACCACACCGCUCCCGUUGCCACCAUUACCAAGGCAGUGGCUCCUGCCGUCUCCUACUCCUCCGUGUCGAGCUCCAAGACUGUGUCUGCUCCCGUUGUCACACACUACGCUCACGCCGCUCCCGCAGUAUACGCAGCCGCCGCUCCCGCCGUGGCUACUUACCACUCUGCUCCUGCUGUAGCAGCUUACCACUCCGCCCCCGCCGUAGCCACUUACGCCGCCGCUCCCGUAGUCAAGUCCGCCAUCGCCUACUCCGCCGCUCCCGCCGUCUCCCACGUCACCUACACUGGCUUGGGCGCCAGCUACGGAUGUAUUCCAUUGACAACAGUGGAUCAAAUAAACAUGUACACCAAGGUCGUAAUCUUCCUGUGCGCCGCGGGCAUCGCCUCCGCCGGCAACCUGCUGCACGCCGCUCCCGUCGCCUACAGCGCGCCCGUCUCUUCCGUGUCCUACUCGUCCCACACUGCCCACGCUGCCCCAGUAGCCGCGUACGCCGCUGCCCCAGUCGCAGCUUACGCUGCUGCCCCAGUCACAGCUUACGCCGCUGCCCCAGUCGUUGCCAAGACCGUGGCUUACUCCAGCCCCGCCGUUGUGACUAAGACUUACGCCGCGCCUGCUGUGGCGUCAUACGCCGCUCCCGCGUACUCCACGUACCACACCGUCCCAGCCUACUCAACAUACCACACCGCUCCCGUCGCCACCGUCACCAAGACCGUCGCGCCUGCCGUCUCCUACUCCUCCGUGUCAAGCUCCAAGACUGUGUCAGCUCCUGUUGUCGCGCACUACGCGCACGCCGCUCCAGCUGUUUACGCCGCCGCUGCUCCCGCCGUCUACGCUGCUUCCGCCCCCGCCGUGGCCAGUUACGCCGCAACUCCGGUCGUCACUAAGACCAUCGCUUCCCCCGGCAUAGCCACUUACCACUCCGCUCCUGCCGUAGCUUAUGCCGCCGCUCCAGUUGUCAAAUCCGCCAUCACCUACUCUGCAGCUCCUGCCGUUUCCCACGUCACCUACUCUGGUUUGGGCGCCAACUAUGGUUGGUAAUCAAAUAUA